CAAAUUAUAAUAUACUUUCUGUUCAUUUUGUGGGGGUUCUAUUUAUUACCCAUAUCUUAUCUCCUUUUAGCAGCUCCACCAUUGAUUUGGUUACCAAAACAAGUAUAACUGCAGUUGGUCACCAUCUCUCUCUCUUUCUUGGCUUCCAUGGCUCAUAUGAAUAUGUAGCCUGAGAUUCAAUCUCAACUCAUCAUCCAUGGCUUUCAACAAUUGCUUCACUUUUCUUAUUUUCCAAUUUCUUUUUCUAUUAGUUCCUUCAAUGGCUCUCAACAAUGAUGGAAUCCUUUUGCUUUCUUUCAAAUACUCCAUUCUCAGUGACCCAUUUUCAGUCUUGCAAAGCUGGAACUAUGACGACGAAACGCCAUGUGCAUGGACUGGAGUGAACUGCACCGAAAUUGGAGUUCCGGGAACGCCAGAUGCGUUCAGGGUAACCAGCUUGAUCCUCCCGAAUAGCCAACUUCUGGGUUCGAUUUCAGAAGAUAUUGGCUAUAUCCAGCACCUUCGCCACUUGGAUCUCUCGAGCAACUUCUUUAAUGGAACCUUGCCGAGCUCUAUUUUCAACUCGACUGAGCUUCAGGUACUGUCAUUAUCCGAUAAUGUCAUAUCCGGUGAGCUGCCUGAGGCCACUGGUGGGAUGACUGGUCUUCAGAUCUUGAAUCUCUCUGAUAAUGCCUUGGCCGGGAAGGUACCCCAUAAUUUGACUGCUUUGCAGAACUUAACCGUUGUCUCUUUGAGGAGUAACUAUUUCUCAGGUGAUGUCCCGGGCGGUUUCGACUCGGUUGAGUUACUCGAUUUGUCCUCGAAUCUGCUCAACGGGUCUCUUCCUUUAGAUUUCGGUGGUGGUAAUUUGGGUUUAUUGAACUUAUCUUACAACAAGAUUUCAGGGUCUAUAUCACCGGAGUUCGCGAAGCAAAUUUCUCGUAAAGCCACCGUUGAUCUCUCAUUCAAUAACUUAACCGGUGCAAUCCCAGAAUCCCAACCUUUGGUUAAUCAGAAAACCGAUUCAUUUUCAGGCAAUGUCGAUCUAUGUGGGAAACCAUUGAAUAACCCUUGCUCGAUUCCUUCAACCCUUUCAACUCCACCAAAUACGUCCCAAUCCAUAUCACCAGCCAUUGCGGUGAUUCCAAAGUCAAUAGAUUCAACCCCAGUUGCAAGCUCAACAGCUGGAGAACCAAAUAACGUCCAAAACCAAGCAAAACCCAGUCUAAAUCCAGGCACGAUAGCAGCAAUAGCUGUAGCGGCUUUAGCUGGCAUCUCCAUUAUCGGCAUGGUCGUUCUCUACGUAUACCAACUCAGGAAGGGAAAAGCUCUAACACAGAGCACCGAUGCAACAAGCAACCUCGAGAAAAAACCGAACGUUCCACUCUGGUCAAUAAUGUCAUCGUCGUGUUCAUGCAUUAAGUUAAAGCUCAUGGAGUCAUCGGAGACCACCAGUUCCGAUAGUGAAAUUGAAGAUAAAAACCAAGUCUUCAAUGUGAGCCCAGCUGAGGCGUACCAGAAAGGAGGGAAGCUAGUGACGGUGAACGAGGGAACGGAGCAGCUGGAGUUAGAGACUCUGUUGAAAUCAUCGGCUUAUGUUUUGGGGACUAGUGGGUCGAGCAUUGUGUACAAAGCCGUGCUGGAUAACGGCACUGCAUUUGCCGUGAGAAGGAUCGGAGACAGUACAGUGGAGAGGCUAAAGGAUUUUGAGAUCCACGUAAGAAACAUAGCCAAGUUAAAGCACCCGAAUUUGGUUAAUUUGCUUGGGUUUUACUGGGGAAACGAUGAGAAACUUGUCAUCUAUGAAUAUAUCUCCAAUGGCAGCCUCGGUUGUUCCAGUUACAGAAGGUCCGGUUCAUCAUCAUCAUCUUGCCAUUUCACACUCGAUGCGCGUUUCAAGAUCGCAAGGGGUGUGGCUCGGGGUCUGGCCUACAUUCACGAAAAGAAGCAAGUGCAUGGCAACAUCAAGCCUAGCAACAUCCUAUUAAACUCCACUAUGGAGCCUUUAAUAAGUGAUCUAGGACUCCACCGUCUAGUGUCGGCCAUGUUUUUAAGCACCCAACAGUUCACGGCCUCUUCAUCGUCGCCUUAUCAAGCACCCGAGUUGAUGAAGAACCUCAAACCCAACCCCAAAUGGGAUGUCUACUCCUUCGGCAUAAUUUUGCUUGAACUUCUUAGUGGGAGAGUUAUCUCGGCCGGAGAGUUGGGACAAUGGGAAGUACCGGAGGGUUCCGUCGGGGAAGAGAAGAACCGGGCUGUUAGGUUGGCUGAUGUGGCGAUAAGGGGUGACAUGGAAGGCAGGGAAGAAGCCAUGCUGGCAUGUUUUAGAUUAGGGUUUAGUUGUGCAUCGUAUGUGCCACAAAAGAGACCUUCCAUGAAAGAAGCAGUUCGAGUCCUAGAAAAAAUGGCUUCCGAUUCGUCUUCUCUCUCUUCAUGUUAAAAUUUGUACUUUGUGAUUCUGUUGUUUCCUCGUUAAAACUUGAAUGCUUUGCAUAAACAACGGGAUAGAUUAAUUUCUUCAUUGCCGAAAAAAGUGUAACUUGUUUGA